AUGUAUGGAAAUGAUUGCCUCAUUUUCACUCCUCUUCUCGCCAAUUUCUCUCUCCAUUAUCAACAUUCAUCUAUCUGUGAUUCUUCUGAUUCUUCGUUUCCGUUCUGCAUACUCGAGAAACAAAUUUCUCGGUUACUUCGUGUGGAUCUCACAUCCGACACUCCUUCAAAGAUCCAAAGUUCUACAAAUAUUAGAACUAGAUUGGCCUCACAGGAUAUUCUUUUUAAUAUUCCUCAUUUUAUUGCUCUCUAUACCAAACAAGUUCCUAAGAGGAAUGUUCAAGAUCAGUUAGGUUGCAACUGCACAACAUAUGAAAAGGAAAAAAGGCUUAUGAUGUUAAAAAAAAAAAUUGCGUCUCUGUUGAAGAUAUCCUUUUUGGAUGAAGAGCCUUCCGACAACUUUUUCCCCCUAAAGUUCAACAUGUAUUGGACAAAUGUUUUACACCAUCGGCUUGCUCAGCUCAUCAGAAUGCGUUGA